GGAGCCGGACGCGAUUCGGUCAAUGCCUGACUCUGAGCGCCGCAUCCGGGUGCAUCCUAGCCGAGGUCCGCCCACUGCAAGGGGCGGGGAGCGUCCUCUGCGGACCUUUGGGCCUCUGCGGCCUCCGUUCCCAGCCUGAUUUGAAGGCGGCACAGAAACUACCGCGGAAGAACUUCUUGCAUCCCUGCUGACCAUGGAGUUCGACUGUGAGGGCGUGAGGCGGCUGCUAGGCAAGUACAAGUUCAGGGAUCUGACUGUAGAGGAGCUGAAGACCGUGAACAUGUCUUUCCCGCACUUCAGAUACUCCAUGGACACCUACGUUUUCAAAGACACUUCCCAGAAAGACCUGCUGAAUUUCACCGGUACGAUUCCUGUGAUGUAUCAGGGUAAGACGUACAACAUACCCAUUCGCUUCUGGAUUUUGGAUUCCCACCCUUUUGCUCCGCCCAUUUGCUUCUUGAAGCCAACUGCAAACAUGGAAAUCUCCGUUGGAAAACAUGUGGAUGCCAAAGGCAGAAUAUACUUGCCCUAUCUCCAAAAUUGGAGCCAUCCCAAAUCUGUCAUUGUUGGAUUAAUUAAGGAAAUGAUCGCCAAGUUUCAAGAGGAGCUUCCUCUCUAUUCUGUGCCAUCGUCCAAUGAAGCACAGCAGGUGGACUUGCUGGCCUAUAUCACAAAAAUCACUGAAGGUGUCUCAGACAUUAAUUCAAGGGGCUGGACAAAUCAUGAGAAUAAAAUACCCAAUAAAAUCACUGUGGUUGGAAGUGGGGAUUUGGGCAUUGCUUGCACGUUGGCGAUUUCGGCAAAGGGCAUUGCAGACAAGCUGCUCCUUUUAGACCUCUCAGAUGGGACUAACCAAGGGACGAUGGACCUUGAUAUCUUCAACCUGCCGAAUGUAGAGAUCAGCAAAGAUCUGUCUGCCUCUGCUCAUUCCAAGGUGGUGAUCUUCACAGCCAACUCUUUGGGUGGUUCUGAGUCCUACCUGCAUGCAGUACAGAGUAAUGUGGACAUGUUCAGAGCUCUCGUUCCAGCUCUGGGACAUUACAGUCAGCAUGCUGUCUUGCUUGUUGCCUCUCAACCAGUGGAGAUCAUGAGCUACGUGACGUGGAAGCUGAGCACAUUUCCCGCAGCCAGAGUGAUGGGGAUUGGCUGCAAUCUGGACUCACAGAGAUUACAGUACAUCAUCUCGAGCGUUCUGAAGGCACAGACUUCAGGCAAAGAAGUGUGGGUGGUUGGUGAACAGGGAGAAAACAAAGCUUCAGCUGCCAUUCUGCCAGGUGUUCUGCCAGGUGUUCCGCACUAGCCAGAUGGACGCUUGCAGUGGUCCAUGCACUCUCAUUGCAUCUGCUGCUUCCUUUUCACGACCACCCAUUCACUUAGCUAGUUCCUGCUUACCUCCAGAAAGCACUCCAGAUUAGGUAAGUUCAUGCAUGUGUUAUAAGCAUUAGCAUACCGUGUUGUCCUCACAUCUGUUGUACCAUCAUUGCCAUGUUAUUUACAUGCCUGUGCUUCACAAGACGACCAUCUCCUUCAGCCCAGGAUGCUCUGUCCAUUUUGGAUUGAACAAAUGAUCCUGACACCGCCCUGUUGUAACCAAAAAUCAAUCACUUAUUCUGCAUCAAAUUAGCAGAACAUUUGCUUAAGAGCUACUGUUUUUUAACUGUGCUAUUGAAAUCAUAUAUAAAGCAAAAAUUACUGCACUAGUAUUUCAGCAGUCUGAAGGCUGGAUCUCGGAGUGUGUUAUCCCUUUUGGCACGGGUUUAGUGUUAUAUAUAAUAGGAAAACACAAUUGUAAAGGCAGAAUUUUUACUUCAUUCAUUUUUACCAGAUAGGGUCUCAUAUAUACAGCAUAGCAUUAAACUUGCUAUAUGGCUGAGAAUGACCUUUGAACUUCUGAUCCUCCUUCCCUGCCCCGCUGAGUGCUGGGAUUGCAGGUGUGUGUCAGCACACUCCAUUACGAUUACCCAGUGCUGAGGGUUGAAUCCAGGGCUUCAUACAUGCUAAGCCAGCACUCUGCAGACUAAAUUGUAAUCCCUGUCCCCAGUGGGCUUUUUUUCAUGAACAUUCUUGGACCUCUCUUUGAGGACUGGAAUAGAAGAUGAAGAUGAUCGAGUGCACUGUUUUGAAUGUCUUAAGCAAGGAUAGCUCUACAUUAGGGCCGUAAAGUGCUGGGCAGUAAAACAGAAAGUUAAGUAGUUAAGGGCAUCCUGGCCUACUUCACUGCAUUCCAGGUAGAUCUGAACUCUAAACCUUUUCUCUUUCAGUUAUGACGCAUGGCUUGUAUAGAGGAAAGGUCCAUAGGGCUGGAGAGGUGCCGCAGGGGUUAAGAGCACUUGUUGCUCCUGUAGAGGACUCGGGCUUGAUGAUGGCUCACAGCUGCUGGGAACUCCAGUUUCAGGGGCUCUGAUGCUCUUUUCUGGCCUCUUUGGGCAUUGUAUGUAUGCAUAUACAUAGAUUUAGGCAACACACUCAUAAAUACGUCUUAAAAAUGGGCUGGAGAAAUGCUUCAAAGGUUAAGAGCACUGGCUGCUCUUCGAGAGGUCCUGAGUUCAAAUCCCAGCAACCACAUGGUGGUUCACAACCACCUGUAAUGAGAUCUGAUGCCCUCUUCUGCCGUGUUGAAGACAGCUACAGUGUACACGCACACACACACACACACACACACACACACACACACACACACAUAUAAUAAUUCUUUAAAAAACUAAACAACAGUGCAAAAAAGAAUAUGAGACUCCUACUUAUCCAUUUGUCCUAUCUUAACUUGUACAUAAUGGCAGUGUGCUCAUAAUUUUCUGAUUCUUUUUUUUUUGUUUGUUUGUUUUCGGUUUUUUGUUUUGUUUUGUUUUGUUUUGUUUUUUUCUUUUCUUUUUUUUGGAGCUGGGGACCGAACCCAGGGCCUUGCACUUGCUAGGCAAGUGCUCUACCACUGAGCUAAAUCCCCAACCCCAAUUUUCUGAUUCUUUUAUCUCCUUUGUGAAUCUUUGUUAUGCCUACCUUGCUAUAUUUAUUCAUCACUGUAUUUCAGUUAGCAAAUGUUCUCCAUGUCCAGUUUUUAAUUAUUGCUAAUAUAGUAAUAAUAUAGCAGAACCCUUAAGUAUUUAAUUCUUAUAUAACCCUUCUAAGCAGAACGUUUUAAACAAUUUCUUGGGCUUGGCAUGGUGAUAUACACCUUUCAUCCCAGUCUGGGGAAGCAGAGACAGGAGGAUCCUGGGAGUCCAAGGUCAGCCUGCUCUAUAAAAGUGGUUCCAGGCCAUCCAGUAAUAUACAGAGAGACCCAAACAAACAAACAACCCCAACAAAACCCCAGCAAAAAUAAAUAAUAGAAACUUUCUUAGCCUUCUCUGUGCAUUUAUAUUUUUCCUGGGUUUGUGCUCUUUCUCACUUGCAUUAAAAGGUUGUGGUUUUUUUGUUGUUUGCUUUGGAGGUGGAGACAACAGGGUUGAGUGUGAUGGUGGAGCACCUGCCCAGACUGAGCAGGGCCCUAGGUCAGUCCGAGCAUUACGAAAAGCUUGAAACGUGCCCGUGUUUUUUGCCUUAACUAUUGCCAGUCUUUUCCCUUUGUUAACAAAUAACGAUCUUGAAUGGUGUGUGGGGUUGAUUGUGCAUCAGCUUCUGUGUCCUCACCACCAGAAUAGAGAAUAUAUUGGAAAGGACACAAAAGAGGAACGAGUGGCCCCUGCAACAAAGCCAGUCAGUCAGUCAGUCAGUCAGUCAGUCAUCUUGAAGAAGGGAGGUGCCCUGAUCCUGUCAGUGACCGAAUGAUCCGUGUUUUGUUUUGAUUUGGUUUUUUUUUUUUUUCUUUUUUUCAGAGCUGGGGACCAAACCUAGGCAAGCACUCUACCACUGAGCUAAAUCCCCAACCCCCUUGUUUUGGUUUUAAAUGCAUUUUAGAGUGUGAAUCUUAGACAUAAGAUACACUUCUUGUGCGUUUUGCUUUACCUAUCCCAAAACAAAAUUAUAUAAAAAUGCCUUUAUAUAGAUGAAUACUAGAUUAAUGUUGCAAUUUUAGGUCACUAUUAAAAAGCGGCACAAAUAUCCGGUGUGUGGGUGCUGUGGGUGCUUCCGAUGCAGCUCUGGCCUUGGCAAAGUUCAUGUGUGGCAUAUGCAGGGAGAUUUUAGGUCCCAUCAUGCUUUAAAAACAGCAGCUGGUUUGUUCUGAAUCAGAUAUUUUGAUUGUCUUACAUGCACUGUGGUUAGAGGAUGUGGGUAAUCUGGAAGGUGUUGCUUCAAUUGCAGCUAUAGAAAUUCCAUUGCAAAAUUGGUCACCAAGUUAUUCUUCAAAUUAGUCAGUGUGCUUCCCAGCAGAGUAGAUGUUAAGUGCUCAGACCACCUGGAAGCCUGUUAUCCGCAGCCCUCUGAGGAAACAGCUCUUCCCACAUGAACAGUAAAUUGACCUUUGUGUGGACCUGUUGCUGAUGAGUGAGAACAGGUAAGGAGGCCACAAGUGACUUUUGGAAUCACAGUUUUAGGAGAUGUAGGCUUAAAGGCUUUCUCGUCUCAACUCGGAAAGUCCAGUGUCAUCAGUGGGAAAGUAACUGUUGAAAAACCUUAAAAGGAUCAUGUCCCUUGGCCACAGAAGGCCAGUUGUUGCUUGCUUCCUUCCUUUCCUUUUUCUUUUCUUUCUUUCUUUUUUUUUUUAAUUAGACAGGGUCUCACCAUGUAGCCGCCUUAACAGUCCUGGAACUUGUUAUGUGGAUCAUGCUGGCCUCAAACUCAAGGAGCUCUGUCUUCCUGCCUCUGCCUCCUGAUGGCUAUGAUUAAAAGCUUAAGCCACCGUUCCCAGCCAUUUGUCACAGGUUUGUCUUAAGAAAAAUACUGGCAAAACGUAACUGUGUCUUUGUUUAA